AUGAACAAAUACGAGCUCUGGCUGAGUGAGGAGGAAGAGGAGGAGGAGGGUCAGGGUCUCACGGAUCCAAUCUCAUUUACAAUGGCUUUAACUUAUCAGGGCCCACCAGGAGGCGAGCGCCAGCGGCCGCACGUUUCCGUCUUCAGAGGAGGGAUGUCACGAAGGAAGCCCGCCUUCACCGUCAGCUGCAAUGCCAAAGCUAUGAUACACGGGGAGCUAGGAGGCCCUUCUUCCAAGAAAGCGACGCUGCUCGUGUACGAGCUCAAAUUCCAGUCCUACAGAGGGGCGCGCCUCAGAGAGGCGGAUAUCUCUUUCGAGUUUAAGCCUCAGCCAGGAGCGACGGGACGCGUUUCCGUCGCAAAAGUGAGACCCGACGGGGUGCACAAAAUGGAGAAAACUGAACAAACAGAGGCCAAGGACAUCCACGCAGGCAUCAAUGCUGGGUUCAUGCAGAUGGUCGGGGUCGAUGUCGGAGGAGGCCAUUCGAUGGAGAAAGUGGCCAAGUGCCACACGGUGAUAACGGGUGACAGACCACAAGAUGACUGGGGAGAUUAUUACGAGGCUCGCUUCUCACUACGUGAAAACCAGUCCCAGAAAGACGGGAUCCCAUCCAAGCUCACAGUGUGCGUUCUCCUCGAGAGGGACGAUGAUCAAGACUUUCUCUGCGUCCCCGUUGUCUCCGUCAAGCCAAAUUUCCUGACCACUGUGGCUACACUAUUCUCGACAAGGGAUCCAGAUGACCCGGUCUACUUUAGCGUUGACGAGCCUCCCUUUAAUCACCUGGACGGCCAGGUAAAGAUAGACAGAGAUAACCUUGGCGCCACCGACUUGGAUGACCUGUGGGACUGCACCUUGUACAACGACUAUCAAGGCGCAAUCAAGCCAUCCAAGCUGAAUCAAUCUGGAUAA